AUGGGGCGAACGCCCCUCCAGCUGCUAAAGUGCAGCGUGGCCCAACUGCUGUUAGCUGCUGCGUUAGCGUGGACGGUUUCGGCGGAUACGGAUGCGGAUCCAGAGCUUGGGGUAGCUGCCACGCUGCCGGGCGCCGCGGAUGUAGAGGCGCUGAACAAGUUCCCCUUCUGCCAGUGCCAGGAUUACCGGUGCUCCUCGGCACCGUACCGCCUUAAGUCCAUCCCGUCGCCAACCAAGCGUUCGGAUGAGCUAUGCUAUCUGAUAGAGCGCGUGGGCUGCAGCCAAGCCAACCCCUGCUGCAAGAUCCUGCUGGACAGGCUCGGCAAGGUCGAGUUUGCCGUCAACAAGACCUGCAAAGUUGACUACGUAGCAGCAUUUGUCAACGGGGCCCGCUUCAACUCGUUGUUCGACACGAAUUUUCCAGACGGGAAGAUCCGCAUUACACCACUCGCUAUGAAUGUCACAACAGCCACCAACACCAGCCUUUGCUUACGUUUCAAGCCUGGCUCUGCUUGCGCAUCGUACAGCUCUCUGUGCAAUACCGCCGAUGGCGCGUGCACUUACGCUGUGUUUGAGAGCAGCGCCCACCAGUGCUGCCCAAUCUGUUCUCAAUCACUACCCCCGCCACCACCGGGCAUGCCUCCGCCAACGCCACCGACGCUGCCAGCAGUGCCUUCCGGCCCAUCUCAACCGCCACCACCUCCUCCCCCACCACCGCCACCGCCACCACCCAGCCCGCCACCGCCACCACCGCCGCCGCCGCCUCCGCCGCCUCCACCACCACCGCCAUCCCCUCCGCCGCCGCCGCCGCCACCGCCGCCACCACCGCCGCCGCCACCGCCACCCCCAUCGCCGCCGCCGCCUCCUCCGCCACCGCCGCCUCCGCCGCCACCACCGCCGCCACCUUCGCCGCCUCCCCCACCACCGCCACCUCCACCACCGCCGCCUCCCCCUCCGCGCCCACCGCCGCCUUCCCCUCCUCCACCGCCGCCACCGCCACCUCCGCCGCCACCGCCCUUCCCUGACGCUGUCCGUGCCGAGGUCCAGAAGUGCGACUGCAUUUCAUCCCUCAUCACAACGACAUCGCGCUUCCGCCUCGACUAUGUCCGCUCCAUCCCUACGCCCAACCAGGUCAUUUACCACUUCAACCUAUACGUUGUCAGUCCAGAAGACUGCUGGGAACCAGGCUACCGCUAUGGCAGCUGCUGCAACCAAACCCUGGUCAACAUUGGGCUGAGUCUGGUCAGCUCGAUCGCGGCGGACAAAGACGUUGGUAACGUGACUCUGACAACCGACCUAGGCUUUGAGAUGACGGUGUCAAAGCAACGCACGGAUUGGGGCAUCAAGCUCUACCCUAAUGACAUCACCCAGGGCCGAAACUACACACCUUCGCUCUUCGUGACCAACUUCACGUCAGGGAAGCCCUGGUUGCUGUCAGUGCCCAUCCGCGUGGACGCCACGCCAGCACCGAAGGCAGGCAUGUGGCCCUGCAAGCGGUCGGCCUUCCUGCCUAACGACGACCGAGUCUGCGAUGUGGAGAUUAACGGCUACCAGACGCUGACUGACGAGCCGACGGUCUUCCUGGGUAUUGAAGCGUUUGAUGUGCCUAACUGCUGCCCCCUUGGGGUUGUACGCUUUGGCCAUGACGACACGUGCUGCGUGGACAAUCUGGCUGAGAAUCCUUACAGCCUGUCAUACAAUGGCUCCCGUCAUGCGGCGGCGCCCAACCAGGACGACACGGUGUUUACGUUUCAGGUGUCUUACAAUGGCGCUACCGCCGUCAACGUGCCUGGCGUCAGUAACGGUACACGGCCCAAUUGCUCGGUUUCGGAGGUCGACCAGGUCACGCUGUUUGUAGCGCCCAGCGUGCUGGACUCAGUCUAUAAGGUCACGGUCGACGGCGCGGCGGUGGACUGGACGCGCUCUAGCAACAGCUACCAGAGCUGGGUUCGCGCAAUCAACCUGUACAAGACCAAUCGCACGCCAUCUCUCAUGUCGGUGUAUGUGGCAGCUGAUGUGACGGCUGAACAGCUGUGCCCGACGCGCGUGGCUGGAUCCCCGUUGUGCGAGUAUGUGUUUAAGGGCGCUUACGACGACACGGCGCGGGAAUUCACGUGCUGUCCAUACGGUGUUGCGCCGGCCAGCGCUGCGAGCUGCCCGGUUCCUGGAGCCUGGCUACCUGUCAUGAAGCUUGGUUCAGACGGCGCCAGAGAAAUACACACGAUGAAGUGGGGUUUGGUUCCCUCCUUCACGCGGCUGGCUCCCGGAGAGCGACCCGACCACUACCGCAUGUUUAAUGCGCGCUGCGAGGGCCUGACCAGCAAGCCCGUGUUCAGUCGCCUGCUGUCUGGGAAGAGGUGUGUAGUGCUCCUGGACGGAUUUUACGAGUGGCACAGUCAGGGCGGUGGAGGCGGCGCCGCCAGUCGCAAACAACCGUACUACAUCACCACCGCGGACGAGCCGCAGCAGCCAGCCAUGUACAUGGCUGGACUGUACGACGUGUGCCACGACCCCGAUGGCGAGCCUCUUCACACCUUCACCAUCAUCACCACCGACAGCAGCGAACCCCUGACCUGGCUGCAUGACCGGAUGCCAGUCAUCUUGACCAACCCUGAGGAGAUCUCAGCGUGGCUCGGGGAGGAGGGCGAUGGUGGGCUCAAGUGCCUCGCCCAGGCCCCACAGAACCGUACGGCUCUGAAGACCGAACCGUCCGUCCGAAUCCUCAUGAAAUCGGAGUACGAACACCCCUUCAGCUCCGAACAACCCCACGCGAAAACAGAGGAGCCGCAGGAGGAGCAACGGGGAGAAGCAGGAGACAAGACGGGCAACGACGGUCGUGGUGGCGGUGGUGGUGCCAGGUCCUGCACGCCAUCGAGCGCUGGCAUGCGAACAUGUGCCAUCGCUGGCUCCGAAACCCAAAUGAUCUGUAAGCCGUACGGCGGACCGUUGCUGAGGUGGUUCCCAGUAACGCCCGAGAUGAGUAAACCCGGGUACGACAAGCCCGACUGCUGCAAGCACCCAUCGGUCUUCCCAAACUCGCACGCGGACUCACAUCCGCAUGGAAGGAGCAUUGCGGAGCCCGCAGGGCAUCCAAGUUGGAGCCAGGGCCUCGCCGCCGCCACACGUAUAGCCGGGGGCCCUUCCCCCGGUGGCAGCAUCCUUGACCAGCUGGGAAGAACCUCCAUCCCAAAUGAGGGCGCUCUCAGAGCCAUCCUCCAAGCCUUGGAGGCAAGACUGGACCAGGCAUCCCUUUCCCCGUCCAGUCGUACCACCUCAUUGGAUCUGAAAACUGCAGCUACGGCCGCCGCCGCCGCCGCAGCUACAGCCGCCGCAGCGAAAAGAUCGGCAGCAGCAGCAGCCGCAGGGAGCCUUCGGAGGAUGCCGAAGAGAGUGUCGGCUGAUGAUGGGGAGGGAACGGACAAGUUGCGGACGGAAGGUGGCGGGACACGAAGGCAUCCCAUGCGCGAAGUGGUGACGAUGCUGCGGUUUGGCGGGGCUGCCGACGUCGCGGGCGGCGGCGGUGGCGGCGGUGGAUGCAGCGACGUCUGGCCGGGCGCGGUGGCUCCCGCCGCAGGGAUGUCGCCCUGGGUUGGUGCGAUGUCGGUGCCGGCGGGGUGCUACCCGGCCGCCGGUGGUGGUGGUAUCGGCGGUGGCGGCGGUGAAGUUGGGGUUGGUGGUGGAGCCUGUUCGCAGCCUCCGCUCCAGACGCUGUUUGACCCGCAGGCUGGUUUAUCCCGGAGUGCUCUGGUGGCUCGGUUGAAAGAGGCGGAGGUGCAGCUGCACUUUACAUCAGUCGCCUUUGGCCGGUUCCUAGGUUCCUCCUCCUUCUCAUUAGAGCUCAUGGGUUAUCAAGGUAAACAGAAGGCACCGGAUGCUCUCAGGGGGGGGCGCUGCGAGUACCUGGCGGAGAGUGUUCGCGCGGGGAGGAGCGACCGCGGGGCGGCAGCUAGGCAGGCGGAAGCAGCGCGCAAGCUGACCGCACAACACGGUACGGCACGGGAGGAGCGGCGGCUGCUUCAGCGGCGAGCAGAGAACUUGUCCGUCUUCUUGAGGAAGGAGAAGGAGGCGCGGGAGGUGGUGGAUCGUGAGCUGGCCACAGAGAGGCAACGUAGCAGCUCCCUUGCCGUACAGCUGGCGGGGGCACACCAACAGAUGAAACACAUGCAGUCCCUGUACCGCCAACCGGGGGACCUCCUGGAUGAGGCCCGGCAGCAGUACCGCCACUUCCUGGAUGUGAAUAAGCAGGACCGCCUCCGCCGCAGCGGGUCGGCGCUGACGUCAGCCCGCCAGGAGGCCGCUGCGUGCCGGCUGGUCCGUGACAGGGCGGAGGUGGCGGUGGCGGGCAUGAGGCGGCUGGUGGAGGAGAUGUACACGUCCAGGGCGUCAGGGCAGCUGGAGCAGGCGCUCCAGGUUCUGCCUGCGGGGCUGGCGGCUAUCCUGGCGGCCGCUGGCGGCGGCGGCGGCGGCGGCGAUGGGCGCCAAAGGACCGGCAGUGUGGAUGCGAAGAAAGGAAGAUUGCAGGCAGGAGAUCGCGACGAUGACAAACGCGUGCGGGGCGAGACGCCGGCGGGUUUCCGGCGGGUGUGUCGCCGGCUGCAGGCGCACGCGGCGCUGAUGGUCGACGCCGCUACUCGGGUCGGCGGCGGCGCCGCCAGCACCCGGACAGGUCGGUACCGCGCGCAGAUCUUGUCUUCGUCUACGUCGCCGUGCGUCAGUAGCAGCUGCGGCGGCCGCGGCGGUGGCGGCGGCGGCGGUGGCGGCUCCGUCAACAGCCCUACGGGCUCCACCAUCUCCGCCGCGACGACCCCACUAAGCAGCAGCAGCGGAGGUGGAUGUACCAGUGGCAGCGGUAGCGGCGCCUCCGCCUGGGCGAACAUGGUCCUAGUCGCCGGUAGAAGGCGACGAUCGUCUGCGGGCGGUGCACCAGCCGGCGGCGGUGGCGGCGGCUGCGGAGGCCGCGGGGACGCUCCCGGCCGCGUCCCCCUGGGGAGAAUCAGCCGGGGCAACGGCAUUGAGGAUGGAGGAAGCGGCUCAGGUAGAACUGGGCUUGACUCGAGUGACAGUGAAAGCGAUGACAGCAGCGGCGGCGCCACAGUUCCUCUAGCGCUGGGGGGACAUAACAUGCAGCAGAAGGGCCGACCCCGCCGUCUACGGGGACGCGUUCUCAGCGGUGGCGGUGGCGGGGCCUUCGCCGCAGCUACGAUCACCACUGGUGCCGCCCGAACCGUCGCAUUUGACCUCUCGCCCACACCAACACCGGCUGCUGGUGCUCCUGAUGGUGGUGUUGGUGGUGGUGUUGGUGGUGCGCAGCGGCAGCGUUCUCGUUCGCGGCCGCCGCAGCGGCCUGGCAGCGGCACCGACACGGACGACACUGCGCCGUCCGACUUCGGCUUCACUCCGCGGCCCGACGAGCGCGGGCGCGAUGACGUCACCAUUGGGAAGGGCGCUGCGGAGGGAGGUGGCGGCGGUGGCAACGGUGGCGGUCGGGUGCAUCGGGUAGCGGGGGGCGGAAGCAGUCACUUCGCUGUUGGAGUCAGAGACCUGGAGCGGCUGCGUAUCGCCCUCCUAGGUGCAGCCGCCUCCGCUGCGCCAUCGGGCCUGACCGGGGAUGGGGGGCAGCGGGCGGCGGUAGCGGCGGCAGUUUCACCGCCGCAGCUGUCGGUGGCGCCGUCGCUGGCAUCGCCGCCAGCACAAGGGCACGCGCCCAUCAGCCGCGGCGGCGCCGGGGAGGCACACAGCGGUGUCGUACGGGGACUCAAAGCUGCAGCUGCGGUGGCGACGGUUGCUGCAUCCCGCGAGGAGUAUAACGACGACGAUGACGAUGACGAGGAUGAGGAUGAGGAUGAGGACGGUGUAGUCAGCAUCGCCGGGCAAUCUGCUCGCGUUGGAGUUGGCGUUGGCGUUGGCGGUGUUGGAAGCACCGGGGAGGCGGAAUGGGGUCGCGACGCGGAGGGUGACGGGAGCAGCGGCGACGACGAAGGGGCCCGGGGUCACCGCCGCGGCGGCGGCGACCCAGGCUAUGUGUACGGCGGCAAGCAUUCACCUGGUCCUUCUUCCUCCGUCGGCACCACCGCGGCCACCCCCGCUGGUCCUGCCGUGUUCGAAAAGGCGGCCUCGGGCCAAGCUACGGCAGUUGCAGCUGCGGCGGCGGCGGCAGCAAAAGGCGGCUCCCGUCUGCGUGCUGCCGCGGGUAGUGGAGACCAGGACCCGAAUCUGGAUCUGGAUCUCGAUUUGGAUCUGGGUUUCGGAUGGAGGCCGUCGUGGGAUCCGGAUCCGUCUCACAGAAAGCUCCCACCGCUAACGUCACUGCCACUCCUGCCGCUGCCGCCGCCGCUGCCGGCAGUGCUGGUGUUAGUGGUGCCGUACCUGCGACAGGGCGGCCCCACCGGACAGUCAUUCGCACCGGAGGCCGCCGCGUAUCCGUGGAUGCAGGGUCGCCCUGCUGCUGCUGCGGCGGCGGCGGCGGCGACGGGGAUGGCGCCAGAAGAGCCGCCGCACCGCCAGCCCUCUGCGGCUCGCGGCCGCCGACGGCCCGACUCGGUAGCCGCAGCUGCGGCGGCGAUUGUGGCUUCGGCGGCGGCGGCGCUGGGUCCAGAGAGCCGUCGGGCCGCUCUGCGGCGCUGGUCCGCCAGGAUUACCGGUACGGCAGUGCCGGCCAGCCCGCAUAGGAGCGCAAGCACGGGUUAUUAUGCUCUGCCACAACUGGCGGCGGCGGCGACGGCGGCGGCGGCGGCGGCAGGAAGAGCGGCGGCAGGUUUGGGGACCAACAGCAAGAACGGCCGGCUGCAUGCGUUGGACGGGGAAUCGGUGCUAGCUCUGAUCCAGUGUAUCUGGAUUCCGGCACCCAAUCACAAAGCGCAAACUGGAAACGUGAAUAGCAACGACGGAACCCCACGGGUCUGGCGCAGCUGCCGAGGAAAGCCUGCGGCGCUGCUCAGGCUUCUAGGCCUCUCCAAACCCCCACUACCUGCCAGCCUGCUUGCUUCGCGCCAAGGCCGUACUGAUCCUCCACUGCACGCCGAAUUGUCCGCGCAGCCGUUGCCGUCCCCAAACCCGCCAACGAGCGAUUCCCCGAGCCUCCUCCGCCACUGUCACUCCUUUGACCAGCGCUCCUCAGCCCGCUCCACCGCCCCCGUCGUCGCCGCCGCCGACCCACAUGAGGUCCUCCUGCCGUACGGAACCUCGCAGCACUGGGCCAUCGUACAAUGCUUGAGUGGCCAACGCCAUCCGACACCACCAGCCCUGCCGGCAUUGGCCCACGGCAGGCUGGUCGACGGCGCUAUGUACCUGCAAACCCAGGGCCAAGGUUAUGUCGCAGCCUCAGCGCCGUCGCCUGGGGGCAUGUGUUGGAGCGGCUACCCUCCCAUAUAUUCAACGAUGUAUGUGGACCAGGAAGGGACAGAGUGCCUGGAGCAGUGUCGGAGCAAUAACAACUCCAAGGUUCUCGGCUCUGGCGGAAGCUGCGCUAGUCCCAUGCUGGCGACGGCGGCGGCGGCGGCAGCGACUGCAGCGGCGGCGACGGCGGGGAUAGCUCGAGGGGGGGACCGUGAACGUGAUCGGCCUGAAGGGGGUGUUGCGGGUGGGCCAGGGCUGAGCAGCGGUAGCCGGGGCGCUGAAGCCUAUCGGCCGGCACCGGCGCUGCGCGAUCGGCUUGUCCAGAACCAGCAUCAGCACCAGCAACAAUAUCAACACCACCAACAUUAUCAUCAGCAGCAGCAAUCAGGUCACCAGUACUCCCCGCAGCAGCAGCAGCAGCAGCAGCUCAGGACCGAGCAUGACUCCGCCGUUAAGUGCCACUGCACCGCUGGGACGGGCCUCCCAUGCUGGGACUCCGACCCGGAAGUCGAACGGCUUGACCGUCGCGCCUACUCGGCUUCGGCUAGAAUGUACGGAAAGGAGCAGGCAUUCCUCCGAACGUACGGCAGUAUUGGCAUCAGCGGCAGCUGUUGCUGCGGCGGCGAUGGCAGUAUUGCAGCCUUUGACGGCGCCAUGAGCGGCAGCAGCGGGACCGCCUCGUACACCGCGGUACGGCCUCUAGGACAGCCGCACCACGGCGGACACUGGCUGCAGCAGCAGCAGCAGCUUCCCGUACUGCAGCUUCCCGUACAACAACAACAACAACAGCAGCAGCAGGAGGGGUCCCAGGAAGCGUUACAGAUGACGAGGGUGGUGGAGCGGCUGGAUGCGGGCGGACGGCUGACCUGUGGGCCAGCAGCCGCACUGACCCACGGGUCAUCAGAUUCAGGGCCCGGAUGGCUGCCGGGCGGCGGCGCAGCGCCGCAGCCGGCGCAGCCAAUGCGGAUGCGCCUGGUGCGGCAGCGCAGCGUGGGUCUCACCCGCAAGAGGGUAAUCGUGUAG